UAUCUAUAAAAAACUUAAAAAAUUGGAUUAAACUUUUAAUAUUUUUUGGAUAACAUUUAUUUUUAAGAACAUUGGCUAGCUUUCGCGGUAAAUUUUGAUUUAAAUGUUGGCAUAUUUGUAUUGAUAUGCUGUUCCAGCUUUGUCGAAUCGGUUAAAACAAAUCGUUAUUAUUUUGAGUUUUUUAGUUCUUAAGACUUCGUUUAACAAUUGCUGAUAAGUUUUUAGUUGUGUUGAGAUCAGGAAUUUACGGAGGUUAGGCUAAAGCACAUUUAAAAUAUAUUUUGAUCCGAAAACAAGCUCUCCACUAACCUAAAAGUGUGUUUUGGGUCAUUGUAGUGCUGGGAACUGUAGUGGACUGGCAUAUUCUCAAGGAAAUAUGGUGCCAUUACAUUCUCCAGAAUGUAUUAUAUUGAUAUUGAUCCAUUAUCCGUUGAACACCCACAGUUGGGCCAAUACCACGACAGGAAAAGACUCCCCAAACCAUAACAGAUCUGCCACUGUGCUUUACUGUUUUCACAAUGUAACUUAGGUUUAGUAGUGUUUGGUGGACGCCUUACAUAUGAUUUUUCAUCGUAUUGGAAUAAUUUUAACUCAUAUUUGUCACUCCAGAGAACUCUAUUCCUGUAUUGGCAACAUUUCUGUAUCAUUUACUUUGCAAAUCGCUAUCGCUUCUUAAUAUUUCUUUUGCUACAAGAGUUUUUUUUGGCAAUGCACCUUUCUAUCGCCGGGGCUGAUUUUCAAAUUUCUAUAUUAAUAUGAUGUCCAACUUCUGCCUUAAUUUCACGCGAAGUCAUGAAAGGAUUGUUUUUGUUCGCCCUACAUAUUAUCCUGUCUGCUGAUAAAGUAGUUUUUCGAUGCUUAGGCUUUCCGAUAGGGAUUUCAAACUUUAUUGUUUUAUUUUUAUUCAAAUUAAUAACUCCAAAUACCCUUUUUAUAGCAAGCAAACCUUCCUGCUGUAGUCGACAUUGACAAAUUAUCCUUUUGAUAGGACUUCACAAUUAACUCUUUAAUUUUGGAGUACAUCACUUUUUUCCCUCAUUCUAAAAACCAAAACGUAUUUAGUUGUUUCCGGAUCACUCACUAAUUCACUUUAUUGCGUUAAGUUCAAGAAAAUCCAAGAAAAUAAUUAAAAAACUCCGCGUUUCUAAUUGUGUGACCAGCUAAAAAACACAGACCGGGAAAGAAUUUUAUUUUUUUUAGUAACAAGUCAGCAAAUAGUCACGUGUUUAUUUACCAACAACGUUCAAUAACUACAAUAUGAAUGAAUGCUCAGAAUUUACACUUCGCGUAUUGUAAAAACUUUACAGUGAUUUGAUUUUUUCAAAAAUGUCGUUUCUAAAAGCCACCACUGUAUAUAAAAAUUUUGUGUCACAUUGUUUGUCCGGGAUUCGCGCCUUAUCUACUGAACCGUGUGCAGUUUGAUUCCACUUGGGAGAUAAAAUAGUUUUCAUUAAAAAUAUUAGUCGCAAUGUCCUUUCGUCUGUUCGGUCAGUCAUUUGGUCAAGCAAUAACUUAGUAAAUUCGUAAAUUGGAGCGGCACAGCACGAAAUAAAUUCUUUAUAAAGUCCACCAAAGCUGACGAAAAACUUAACUAAGGUAAAUUUUAUAGUAAAAAAAAAUUAGAGAACUUCACACAAAAAUGCGGUAUGGGCGUGUCACUGACCACUACCUAUUUGAUCAACAUUGGGUGCAUAAUAUUAUUUUGCCAUUCUUAAGGGAAGAAAGCGAUUAUAUCAAACAAUUUCUGAUCUAUUGUUGAAGAAUAAAAUUAAUUAAUACAGAUUUUGCCCGAAUAUCCAAAAUAAUUACUUCGAUCAUAACUGGUUCAGUAAUCCGGUUACUUGAUCAGCAAAAUACUUCGGCGUUGUUUAUAAUUUAAUUUAUAAUUUUAAAUAAUUAGUGACUCCCUAAAAAAUUUCACUUUAUCAAAUAGUUAACUAGAAUAUAAUAUAUCGUACACCUUAUUCACAGCUAGUUAUAAUUUAUAAUGACAUAAUGAAGUCAACAGUUGCAUAGGCUUUGAGCACAUCUUUAGUAUAAUUGUUCUUACAUUUAUUAAAUUUCCGUCCAUUUAGUAGAAAUCAACUUAAUUAAUGAUAUGUAAUUUGUGGUAAUACAUACUUACAUUUUUAUACUCUCACAACAAAGUUGCUAAAGAAAGUAUGUCAAUCAUUUCCAACUGCUGCUUUAUUUAAACAGCACAUACGUUAAAUUCGUAAUAUCAACCACAGCAAUUCGAAAAAUCAGUCACCUGCAUAAAUAGCCACAAUUCAUUGCAAAUCGUUAUCACCUUAAAAUCACUUUGGAAUUUCUGACAAAUGUACUCAUGUAAUUUCCAAGAAGAUGAGAGCAAAUGCUAUUCGACACGCCUACUUAAACAACAAAAUAACACAUAUAAAAUAAUUUUAUGUACAAAUAUUUGUUUUUCUUGCUCUGAAGGUAGCGAUGGUAUGAGGACAAAUAUAAGCAAUGGCGUAAACGUGACAAAUCAUGUAAAAUUUCACAGGCAAGUGAAAAACGUGAGGUGUGUUGUUUAAUGAAUUGAAUGUAAGGUAAACAAAAUGAACAUGAAUGAGAUCACUAAUUUAUGAAGAAGGGAGGACGAGACGAAUUAUAAGUAAGCGUAGUUAUCAUAUAUAAAUGUAGAAAUAAGACUUUGAGAACAGAUACAUUAAUAAUAACUAAUAACUUUACUUUAACGAAAAUACGACCUACAACACUAAGCCGAACGAAAUAUAGAAAUAUGAGAACAGAUACUUUAACGAAAAUGCGACCUACAACACUGACCGAACGAAAAAAAGACGAAACUGAACGAAGCGUCAGAACGCUGCGCUUGCGUUUUUUUCAUUUGUCAAAUAAAGUUUAAUUUUUAAUUGAUUUUAAAAGUAUUGCGUUUUAUUAAAAACGCAACCAAGAAGAGAAUGCAGUCUAAUUUCCAGGAAUAAAGGACCCGCAGCAGUAUGAAGACUACAAAUUGGGGGCUCAGCCAGGAACCGAAGUUAAAAGGAAAACGUUUGUAUAAUAUAAUGUAAAAUAUGUAUUUUAUAAAAGCAACCUAAAAAAGUGAAAAUAUGUUCAAUUAAAGAAGAAAUAAUAAAAAUUUUAAAAUUAAUAAGAAGAAAGAAAUGUUUUAUAAAAGCAACCUAAAGAAGUGAAAAUAUGUAUAAUUAAAGAAGAAAUCAGAAAAAAUUUUCAAAUUAAGAAGAAGAAACAAAAUGAAGAGAAACAAUUAAAGAUCGAAAGAAGAAACAUUUUCAAAUUAAAAAGAAGAAACAAAACGAAGAGAAAAUAUAAUUAAAGAAGGAAAGAAGUAAUAAGAAACAAGAAUCAUUUUCAAAUUAAGAAGAAGAAAUAAAACGAAGUGAAAAUAUAGUUAAAGAUCGAAAGAAGAAACAUUUUCAAAUUAAGAAGAAGAGAAAAUAUACUUAAAGAAGAAAAGAUGCAAUAAGAAACAAGAAACAUUUUCAAAUUAAGACGAAGAAACAAAAUGAAUUUGUAAAGCAAAGAAAUAGUAGUAUUUGUAAAAGACAAAUAAGAAGUGGAUAUUAUAAAAAGAAAUAAAAGAAAACAAAAAGUUACGGAAUAGAACAAAAGAGGAAGUUAAGCACUGUAAAAGUGUAAAGAAUUUACAAAGAAGAGAAGAAAUUUGUCAAGAAAAGAAGUUUGUUAAGAAAAGAAAUAGAAGUAGUAGUAUUUGUAAAAGAUAAGAAGUAAAAAUUAUAAGAAGCAGUACAGCAUUGUAAAAGAGAAAAAGAAAUUGCAAACAAAAAGAAAUAAGAAAGAACACAUAUGAAAGAUUAAUUAAACAAUUAAAUAUGAUGAAUGUUAUAAAUAUGUUAAAAUUAAAAACGAGUACAAAAGAAAUAAGCUGUAUGUAAUUAAAGUUAAAAUUAUAUCAAAAUCAUUUGAAUCGAAACUAACAUUUGAAUGAAUCUAAAUACUACACACUAUUAAUAAGUGAAUUUUAUAUUGUUAACAUUAUAUAUUAUUACAUAUUGUUAUAAACAAAAUGGACCUAAACGAAAUAAUGACUUUAACAGUUACCGGACUGAAAGAGAAGUUGAGGGAAUUGGGUAUUUCGACUACAGGUCAAAAACGUGACCUUCAGGAGAGACUUCUUCAACACUAUGACUUAUCGGGAAAUAGGGCUAGUGACGAAGAGUUCAAUCACUCAAUUUACGAAGACGUAAGUGGAACCAGCAACUUAAGGUCAUCACAGUAUAUCGUACAGCAACAACAGUUUACUUUAAAAGAUUUAGGAGAUUGUGUCAAAAAUUUUUCAGGAGAAGGGUCCGUAGAUAUACGAGGGUGGGUAAGAGAAUUUGAAAAUAACGCUGAAAUCGUUAAAUGGAAUAACCUACAAAGAUUUGUUUAUGGCAAACAGCUUCUUCGUGGCGCCGCUAAGCUUUUUAUUAGGAGUCAGAAUAAUAUUAACGGUUGGGAAGCUUUGAAGUUAUCAUUAAUUAAUGAGUUUGGUUGCAAACUAUCUUCGGCAGAUGUACAUAGGUUAUUGAAAAAUCGCCGCAAACAAGCAAAUGAAACUUUUCGAGAAUACUUGUAUCAUCUCAUGGAGGUAGGCAAACAGAUUAGUCUAGACGAAGCAAGCAUUAUAGAUUAUUUUAUAGAAGGGGUUCCAGAUACCAAGUUCAAUAAGGCAAUUUUGUAUCAAGCUAAGAAUAUAGAGGAACUAAAAGAACAAAUCAAAAUUUAUGAAAAGAUAAGGAAAUAUAACUCAGGGAUAGGAAAGAUUGUAAAUGAUACAUCUUCUAAUAAGCCAAAAGAAGAGUUAGUUAAAAGAUGUUUCAAAUGCGGAGACAAAUCACAUGUAGCAGCUCAAUGCCCACAAAAACAAUAUAAAUGUUUUAAAUGCAAUGAGAUGGGGCAUCGUUCGUUUGAGUGCAAAAUUAACAAAGGCAAAGGAUCUAGAGAAGUUAAAAUCGAAUCAAGCAUAAACACUUUAGGGAAUACAAGUUUCCAGCCAGUCGUUAAUGAAGAAUUACAUUUCAAAACAGUUACUUUAAACGGGUUUAGAUUCGAAGCUCUAAUUGAUUCAGGGUGUUCACUAAAUCUAAUACAUUACGAUACGUUGAUACUAAGUGGGCUUAAACCCAUAUUAAGUAAUGAGAAAAGAAAAUUGUGAUUGAAAUUGUGUGCGAUUGAGACAAUUGGAAGUUUUGAUGCAUUUACGCAUAUAGAUGAGUUAUUGUUAAAAGUCAGAUUUCAUGUAGUCAGAGAACAAGAUAUUCAAUUUGCAAGUAUGAUAGGAAAGGCUAUCUUAAAAGACGUAGAUAUUGUUUUAACAGAAGAGAAAGUAAUAUUUAAGAAAAAAGAUAACUCGAGAGAUUAUAAAUCAGAUAGAUCAGAAUUGAGGCAGGAUUUUAAACAUGUUAUGAAGCAAGAACGAAAGGCACCUAUGGAAGCAGGAAAUAAGUGGAUUAAGGAAUUUGAUGCAAUGAGUUUAAAUGAAAGAAAAGAUGAGACUACAUUGAAUUUAGGACAUUUGAAUGUGGAACUAGCAGGAGAAGUUAAAAAUUUAGUUGAUAAAUACAAAUCAUCAGGCAAAAGUAUAUCACCCGUUAAGAUGGAAAUUGUUUUGACAAAUGAAAUCCCUGUAUAUCAGCGACCAAGACGUUUACCAAUCGAUGACCGUAGUUUUGUCGAUAAACAAAUAGAAGAUUGGUUGAAAGAGGGAAUAAUACAAUCAAGCUCUUCCAAUUAUGCUUCUCCGGUAGUGGUAGUUCCUAAAAAAGAUGGAGACAGACGCUUAUGUUGUGACUAUAGACAAUUAAAUAAAAAAAUCGUAAGGGACAAUUUUCCAAUGGUUGUAAUGGACGAUGUCUUAGAUAGUCUACAAGAGGGGCGAGUUUUUACAACGUUAGAUUUAUCGAACGGAUUUUUCCAUGUGCCAGUUGAUUCACAAUCUAGGAAGUUUACUGCUUUCGUUACGCACAAUGGUCAAUACGAGUUUUGUGUUGUUCCAUUCGGUAUUUCAAACUCACCUGCUGUCUUUUGUCGUUAUGUUAAUGCUGUUUUUCGAAAGCUAAUCCAGAAAGGAACUGUUAUCACAUAUAUGGACGACUUGAUUAUCCCCGCAAUAGACGAGGUUGAGAGUAUUGAAAAACUAAGAGAAGUUUUAGAAGUUAGUGAGUCGUACGGGUUAAAGAUUAAAUGGAAAAAAUGUCAAUUUCCUCAACGAAGUGUUGAAUUUCUUGGGUACAUAGUGGGAAAUGGUACCAUAAAAAUAUCGGAAGAAAAGACGACUGCAGUACAAAAGUUUCCUCUUCCGUCCGACAGGAAAAUGUUACAAAGGUUUUUGGGGUUGACGUCAUAUUUCCGACGAUUUGUAUUAGACUAUGCAACGAUAGCUAGACCUUUGUCGGACCUUCUAAGAAAAGAUUCGGUUUUCAAGUUAGGCGAAGAGCAAAUCGCAGCUUUUCAACAACUAAAGGCUAAUUUACAAAAAGCACCUAUAUUACAGUUAUUUUCACAAAAAGCAGCUACUGAGGUGCAUACAGAUGCCAGUAAAUGGGGGUAUGGGGCAUUUUUGUUACAAAAAAAUUCGGACGAUCAGCUUUUACAUCCGGUACAAUAUAUGAGCCGGAAAACAAAGCCGGUGGAAGAGAAUUAUCCUGCGUAUGAGUUAGAGGUACUGGCAAUCAUAGAGGCCUUAAAGAAAUGGAGAAUAUACCUAUUAGGUAUACACUUCAAAA